AUUUUUCGUUGGUUGGCCAAAUGGCUUAGUACUGAACCGGCAAUGGUCAUUGAAGCCAGUCAAUGAUGUAAAAGAGUCGCAGAGUCGAAUGAUAAUGAUGCGGCCCCUCAGUCUAUUACGACACACGUAAGCCUUGGACAAGGAAGGCCUAGAAUUUUUUGACCGGACACAUACCGCAAUCCCGUCGUUUACUUGUUAGGGCUGCAGCCACGCUGGCCAUAUAGAUCUUGUUCCGCGACAAUCCGUUUCACUAUGGUUUCAGACCUGCACGCCAAAACCAAAGGUGAUGCUUCGGAUAAGAAAAAGGGGGAUGUUGCUAAGGAAGAAGACCUGUCUGAGGAAGACAAACAACUUCAGGAUGAGUUGAAAAUGUUGAUCGAAAGGUUGGAAGAGCCUAACGUCAGCUUAUACAAACCAGCACUAGAAAGCAUGUGCACGCUAAUUAAGUCGUCAACAACCUCCAUGACUUCUGUCCCGAAGCCACUUAAGUUCCUGGCCCCAUACUACGACAAAAUCAAAGCUAUUUAUGAAAACAUAGAAGACUCACCGACCAAACGUCUUUGCGCCGACGUAGUAUCUGUCAUCGGGAUGACAAUGACAGAUAAACCUGAGUCGCGUUACGAUACUCUAAAUUAUCGCCUUCUUGGCUCUGGGAGUGAGAUUGGAGCAUGGGGCCACGAGUACGUCCGUCAUCUGACGACUCAGGUUGUUGCUGUUUGGCAAGAGAAGGAUCUCGGUGCCAUCCAAGAUCGAGAUGAAGAUGCCACGCGCUUGCGCGAGCAGUAUCUCUCCCUGGUGCAUUCAAUUAUCCCCUACCUUAUGGAGCACAAUGCAGAAGCUGAAGCCAUAGAUUUAUGUGUUGAAAUAGAGAAGCUUAAUUUACUGGAACAAUAUACUUCCGCGUCUAAUUAUCAACGCGUUUGCUUAUAUUCCACCAGCUGUGUACCCUAUCUCCCUACACCGGACAACACUGAGGUGCUGAAAUGUGCCGCUACGCUCUAUCGUAAGUUCGAUGACCCCGGAAACUCAAUGCGUUGUGCACUUCGCCUGAACGAUAUGAAUCUCAUCCAUGAGAUCUUUUUCAAUUUCUCAAAAUAUGAGUCGUCCUCUGGAUCUGAACUCAGUGUUCAGCGACAGUUGGCGUAUCUUCUUGGAAAACAGGGUGUUGUGUUUUCAGAUGACAACGCAAUUGACGAGGAGUUGGCAGAGAUGCUUUGGAAUACUCGCCUAUCUGAUCACUUUUUAGACCUCGGAAGAGAAUUGGACAUAAUGGAACCAAAGCUUCCUGAGGAUAUUUACAAGACACAUUUAGAGGCAGUCAGACCUGCGCUCAAUUCUGCCGCCCUGGACUCCGCACGUGCAAAUCUGGCAUCUUCCUAUGUUAAUGGGUUGGUGAAUUGUGGAUUUGGCAAAGAAAAGCUUUUGCAGGAAACUCCGAAAGAAGUGCCUUGGUUGUGUAAACAAAAAGAACUUGCCAAAAUGAGCACCGUGGCCACAUUGGGCUGGGUGCUGUUGUGGGACAUCGACACGGGCUUGACGCAGAUUGACAAGUAUCUAUAUUCAGCGGAUGAUCACACACGCGCCGGUGGUCUGCUGGGUUGCGGUGUGGUCAACUGUGGUGUAAAGAACGAGUGCGACCCGGCUCUCGCUCUCCUGGGUUCUUACGUGGAAUCGGAUAAGGACGUGUUGUCUCGCGCUGCAAUCAUUGGCCUUGGCGUUGCUUACGCAGGUUCAAUGAAGGCUGAGGCCUUGUCAAGCUUAACUCCCGUCAUACUGGAUGUGAACACUGCCAGGCUGCAACAUGCAUGUCUCGCAGCCUUGUCUGCCGGAAUGAUCGCCGUCGGUUCGCUUAACGUUGAAGUGACUUCCACUAUCAUACAGACCAUGCUCGAAAGACCAGCCAGUCAUUGGGGCAACCCCUUCAGUAAAUUCAUGGCUUUGGGCUUGGCUAUCACGUGCCUCGGUCGACAAGAGGAAGUAGAAGUUGUAUUGGCCUCUUUGGAAGCGGUAUCUGAGCCGCUGAAAUCUAUGGCUCAUAUGAUGUGCGACUUUUGUGCAUACACCGGUAGUGGUAAUGUCCUCAAAGUUCAAAACCUCCUUCAUAUUCUUUCGGAAAAAUAUGAGGCAAAAGCUAAAGAGAAAGGUGAAAAGGCGACAAGCGCAGCAAAACCCAAAGACAAAGAGAAGCCGAAAGAUUCAUCCCGUUCCGGUAACCGAGGGAGACAACGCCGAGGAAACGCGGCACGCAACACCAACAAUAAAGCAACUGAUGGACUUUCUCCCGAUGAGGAAGGAGGCGAGGGCGGUGCCACUGCUGGUGCCGAUGAGGGAAACGACCAGAAUGCCCCGAUGGACACCACACCACCUGUCGAGGCCGACAUCGAAGGACAUGACAACUUCGACUUCCAUGCUCAUCAAGGUCUUGCAGUUUUGGGAGUCGCGUUGAUAGCCAUGGGAGAGGAGGUCGGUUUAGACAUGGCUUUUCGCAUGUUCGGCCAUUUGUUACGUUUCGGAGAGCUACCAAUCAAACGAGCUGUUCCCUUGGCUUUGGCUUUGUGCUACGUCUCCAAUCCUCAGCUGAAAGUGUUGGACACUCUUAGCAAAUUCAGCCAUGAUGCGGAUUCGGAAUUGUCAUAUAAUUCCAUUUUAGCCAUGGGCAUUGUGGGCGCGGGAACUAACAACGCACGAUUAGCGGCCAUGCUUCGGCAGCUCGCGGUCUAUCACAGCCGUGAUCCGUAUAAUCUGUUUCUGGUCCGAUUGGCGCAAGGGCUGACGCAUCUCGGAAAAGGCACUCUCACGCUCUCUCCAUGGCAUUCGGACCGUUUCCUUACUCGUCCAGUCGGUAUAGCUGGCCUCCUAACUCUGCUUGUCUCAUGCUUGGACACGAAAACGACAUUCAUGGGCAGACAUGAUUACUUGAUUUUCUAUUUGACUCCGGCUAUUCAACCACGUCUACUUAUGACGUUUGAUGAGGAGUUGAAACCGCUCCCGGUAACCGUUCGAGUCGGCCAAGCCGUCGAUGUGGUCGGUCAAGCUGGCAGACCGAAAACCAUCACCGGUUUCCAAACUCACACCACCCCCGUAUUGUUGUCCCAUGGAGAGCGCGCCGAACUGGCCACCGAUGAGUACGUAGCUGUCACGCAGCUUCCUUUGGAAGGGUUCGUGCUAUUGAAGAAAAACCCGAAUUACGAAGAGUCUACUGCUUAAAUGCUCCAUUUCCGGAGGGCACACCUAUAUCCUCUCUGCUCUACCGGCUUGAAAAAUGGAUCACGAUCCGUCUGUUGAAUUUUUCUUUUUUUGGUCCGUUGUAGUUCUGAUCUCGCCUCGACUGAUGAUAAACAUUACGGUCUGUUUUGUGCUUGUUCCUCCGAUGGCACACUGCAUAUCUUUGGACGGGCGUCAGCUAAUUGAAUUAGGCGGGUUUGUGCUCGCUCAAGGCACUACUGCAUAUGAUCUUCCGCCGUGUUUUUCUUCUUUGCGCACACGCUCAUCGUUUUUUACUUGAUCUCUUCUUGAUCAAGCGAGUACGUUGGAUAUUCCCCUGUUAAAUAAAUAGAUAAAUCUUUUAUUUCUCCGAAUUGGGCAAGCCCAAGGGGUAUACAGCUCUUUUUCUACGAAUGAUUUCACCAUAGUGGAGUCACUUCAACAUAUGGUGUGGUAAUGUGUAUGCUGUUAUUUAUAUUAACAGUAUCACGCAUUCGUGAUGUUCAUGGAUAAAGACAGAUGAAUGUAAAUAAAUCACUAAAUAGUUGG